UCUAAAACAACAACAAAAAAAUGGAUAGCUCGUUGGCGACCAAAACUGAAGUCGUCAUCAGCCAUCUUGCUUCUCCCAAAACAAGCAAGUUGACCUGUACGUUAAUCGCCAGUUUCGUGGAUGUGAGAAAACAUUCCACAGUCAUGACGGCCCUCUGGGGGAAACUGGAACAAGAAUGUGGCCCGCUAGAAAAAUGAGUUCAACACCCCUGGUUUAGUAGGUUGUCUAUACUAGUGAUUCUCGACUGGUGGGUCAAGACCCAAAAGUGGGGCGCGGACCCAUUUUAGGACACGGGUCACCAGGAACCCCCUCUGGAACUGGGCCUGGAGGUAGAGCUCAAAGGGGAACGCCUGAAGCUCGACCUUGGCGAUCUGGAACGUCACCUCUCUGACAAGGAAGGAGCCGGAGCCCUCUUGGACUCCAGGUUGAGGGGUGAGAGCCUAUCCCAAGGGGAGGAGUUCAAGUAUCUUAGGUUCUUGUUCACGAACGAGGGAAGAAUGGAAUGAGAGAUUGACAGGUGGGUCGGAGCACUGUCCGCAGUGAUGUAAACUUUGUAGCUAAAGCUUUCAGUUUUCCAGUUGAUCUACGUUCCUACCCUGACCUACGGUCUCAAGCUGAUUCAGGUGCCUCCCAGAAGCCUCCCCCGGUGUGAGGUGUUCCGGGCAGGAGACCCCGGGAAUGACCCAGAACCCGGUGGCGAGACUACGUCUCUCGGCCGGCCUGGGAAUGUCUCGGGAUCCCCCCUGGAAGUGCGAGACUAAGCGGCUGGGUAAUGGGAAGUCUCGGAGUCCCUGCUAAAACUACUGCGCCCCAGACCCGACCUCAGAUAAGCAGUAGAAAACUGAUGGAUGGAUUGCAUUCGAUUCGAAUUAUACUUCAAGAAAAUUGAAUCCAACUUCAACUAAUGAAUGACGCGAUUAUUUAAUGAUGCAAUCCUUUAUUUAAUUUGGGGAAUUUCUAUAAAUUUAUAAGUCGCUGUUUUUGUAAUUUGUCCAGUGAGACGAUAGAGGGAGCUAAACGAACACUGACGGAACUUUAUGAGAGUUUUUACACUCGAGUACUCGCAUGUGUUAAAGAAUGAGGAACAAUCUUAAUUGGUGCGAUAUUUGAUCUGAUCUAUGUGAUUAAAUAUACCAUAUACCGUGCUAUUUGGAAUAAUUUCGGACAUAAUUAGUCAUGCAAUCCAUCCAGUUUCGCAUAUAAAUCAUAAUAAUGAGCGAGUGGGUAGAUUACAAUCUCGAAGGGCAAUCGAAACAUUUGGAUUUCCAUUUUAAUUGCUGAUGAAUGAGGAAACGCAAUAUAAAAAAAAAAACCUGUACAUGCCUACAUUUCCCAUGGUGCCUUUCACCGCUUGGGCCCCGCCCUCUCCUUUCCAUAACUUGACUGUAUCUGUUUUUGCUGUGAUUUGAUGGCUCGUGGGUAGCUGCGGGACUCGCACCGUCGCCCCGCGCCCCUUUUCCACCGCCCUCCGCUCCCUCGUCGUCCCUAAACAUACUUUUAUUUUUAAUUUCGCGGCGUUAUCGGAAACACGUACAUUAGUUGGUCGGGACUUUAGGAAGAUUUUUGCCAUCGGAGCGUCACCAGGAAGACUCCCACGUUUUUUUUUUGUGUGUGGGUGUUGUUGUUGUUCUUGCUGCCGCCGCACUCGGGUCGUGCUGGUCCGGAGACUGCAAGGGGCAGGGGGAAGGGGGGGGGGGGCGGUUAUCCUCGAGCUGUAUGGCUGUCAAGCCGUCUCAGGGCUCGCUUAGUGGACGGUAAAGGCUAUGAGUGUGCCGCCAGGCUAAGACGAGGGCGGACAGGCGAUGCCAACCGGCUAGCUACGCUAACCCGGGCGGGGAUCACCUUCUUGUGGGCGCCGUACUAUUUAGCACCCUUCUCGACCCCCACCCCGUUUUUUUUUUUUAAUUUAAAAAAUAUAUAUCUCAUUGGCUUCCCACGAACGAGACAAAAAUGCAGACGUAACGAUUCGGGUCGAGUCGGUAAGCUAGUCGUCGUCGUCGUCGCCGCCGCGAUGUCGCACAAGCUAGGCGCGCACAAGUUGGCCAUGGAGGGGAACGUGCAGCAAAAAAGUAGCCCGCUGACCCGGGAGCUCACGCGGAUAUUCGGCAGCUACAACAAGCACUCGGUUCUGCUCAAGAAGAACCUGAAGGAGACCAAUGCCUUCUUCCGGGAAAUCAGACAGAACUACAGCAACGCGUGUGCGUCGGCCAUGAGCUCGGAGUCGGCUUCCCUGGAGGCAGAGCAACUGAGCUGCAUCGCUUUUCCCAGACACGAAGAAGAGUUCCUCCGCAACACCGUGGGCGCUUUGCCGUAUAUUUUGGUGCUGGGCCAAGACUGCACCGCUCGCUACCAGCUGCUCAACUGCUUGCUCGGAGAGAGACUGCUGCCGCUGGGCCCCGAGGCCGGGGAGGCCUGCGGAGGCGACCGGGGCACCCCGUGUAAGAGGCGCAAGUUGUGCUUCACCCACGGGAGGCAGACGCGACUCAGCCUGGCUCUGCCGGGCCAGUACGAGCUGGUGCACCAGUUGGCGGCCAACCGCGGCCGCUGGGAUACGGUGCCCCGUGAAGACUUGGAGAUCCACGAGGAAUGCGAAGACCCGGCACACAGGCUCGCCGAGCUGGAGAUCACCCUGCAUCACCCUUUACUUCAGGAAGCAAAGGUCAUGGUGGUGCCUUGUGCGAGCGUCCAGCCCAUGGAGGAGGCCCUCGAGGAUUGCACGCGGAACGUGAUCCCUAUCAUUCUGUAUGCCAUCACGGAGGAUUCCUUAAACGCAGAGCAGGUGGCCGAGCUCUGGAAAGUCAAAGAGAUGCUCUCUUUUCCAAUCUGUUUUAUCCGCCUCCCCAACGCGAUGCCCGCAGCUUCGCCGGAGCUCAGCCGCCGCCCAGAGAAGGAAAAGGAACGGGAGAAGAGCGCGCUCCAUAAACAGCUGCUGUCCCUCGGGUUCCUUAGUGGCCCGACGGGAAACUGCUCCUGUGGGGCCCCCACGCAAAUGCCCACCCCGGGUGCCAAGCCGCAGAGCAUGCUGGGCGAGGCUUUCGAAAGACUGCACAGGCUGCUGGUGCCUUUUACACGCCAGGUGCUUCAGAACCAACAGGUGGAGGCCGCGAGCCUGCUCAACGGGCUGCACUGUCGCAGCCUCGAUCUUUUCAUCAACCAGGCCUUCGACAUGCAGCGAGACCUGCAGAUAACCCCCCGCAGGCUGGAGUACACCCGCGAGAAAGAGGGUGAAUUGUUCACCUCCCUCAUGGCUAUUGCCAACCGCAAACAGGAGGAGAUGAAGGAAAUGAUUGUGGAUACACUGAGCAGCAUGAAGGAGCAGCUCCUGGAGGACGCCGCUAACUUGGAGUUUACGGACAUAAUCGUGACGAGCAAUGGCGAGCCUGUUACGUCCAAGGAGAUCAAGUCCUGCAUCCAUCAGAUCCAGGAGCUGAUCGUGUUGCGUCUCAAUCAGGCCGUGGCCAAUAAACUCAUCCACUCUGUGGACUAUUUGAGAGAAAGUUUCGUGGGAACGCUGGAGCGAUGUCUCAGUAGUCUGGAGAAGUCCCACAUAGACUCGUCGGUACACAACAUCACGUCCAAUCACCUCAAACAGUUACUAAACGCAGCCUACCACGUCGAGGUCACCUUUCAUUCGGGAUCUUCUGUCACGCGCCUCGUCUGGGAGCAAAUCAAGCAGAUCAUCCACAGGAUAACGUUUGUGAACCCACCCGCCAUCUCGCACGAGUGGAAGCGCAAAGUGGCUCAGGACGCCAUCGAAAGUCUCAGCGCUGCUAAACUGGCCCGGAGCAUUUGCUCUCAGUUCAGAACUCGGCUCAACAGCUCCCAUGAAGCCUUUGCGGCGUCCCUGCGUCAGCUGGAGGAAGGCCACACGGGUCGACUGGAGCGCACUGAGGAUCUGUGGCUGCGCGUGAGGAAGGACCACGCCCCUCGGCUGGCCCGCCUGUCGCUGGAGAGCCGCUCCCUCCGAGACGUGCUGCUGCAUGGAAAACCAAAGAUGGGCCGGGAGCUGGGCCGCGGCCAGUACGGCGUGGUGUACUUGUGCGACAGCUGGGGGGGCCGCUUUCCAUGCGCCCUCAAGUCCGUGGUGCCCCCGGAUGACAAACACUGGAACGAUCUGGCGUUGGAGUUUCACUACACGAGGUCGCUGCCCAAACACGAGCGGCUCGUCGACCUGCACGGCUCCGUGAUCGACCACACGUACGGGGAAGGCUCCAGCAUCGCCGUGCUGCUCAUCAUGGAGCGGCUGCACCGAGACCUCUACACCGGACUCAAGGCCGGUUUGUCGCUGAGGGAGAGGCUGCUGAUCGCGCUGGAUGUGGUGGAAGGGAUCCGCUUCCUGCACAGUCAGGGCCUCCUGCACAGAGACAUCAAGCUCAAAAAUGUUCUGCUGGACAAGCAGAACCGUGCCAAGAUCACCGACCUGGGCUUCUGCAAACCGGAGGCCAUGAUGUCCGGCAGCAUCGUCGGAACCCCCAUCCACAUGGCACCGGAGCUGUUUACAGGAAAGUACGACAACUCUGUCGACGUCUACGCCUUCGGGAUCCUCUUCUGGUACUUGUGCACCGGUUCCGUGAAACUCCCGGAAGCCUUUGAGAAAUGCUGCAGCAAGGACCAACUCUGGAAUAACGUUAAAAAAGGCGCCCGACCCGAACGGCUGCCCUCCUUCGACGAGGAGUGCUGGCAGCUGAUGGAGGCCUGCUGGAACGGCGACCCGUCCCAGCGGCCCCUGCUCGGCAUCGUGGAGCCCGGCCUGCAGAGCAUCAUGGUCCGCCUGUGCAACGACGACUCGGAGCAGAAGAGCAGCAGCCUGGAGGACUCGAACUGAAAACACUCCCGACGGGAAAAAAACGAGCGCGCACGUCACGGGGGGGAUCGCGGUUCGUCAAAGGUAUUUUUGUCGUAUUUAUGAACGGGCGCUCGAUGGCCGUCCUUCUUGUUCACGUGUGGGAUUUGUGUAAUUUAUGAGAGGGUACCGACGUUUGCAAAGUUUGUUUUAUUAUUUGUAUAGAAGUCCUCCACGUUGACAUGCUAACUGCAACUCAUUCACAAAAAAAUGUUACUAGAUGCAACUUUUAAAUGUUGUCCGUUAAGUGUCGAGCGAAAAAAACAAACAAAAAAAAAAAGACUUAAGGUAAACAUUUUAGAUCGUAUUUAAUGUCUGCAUCUACACAAACACUUUUUUUUUUUUUAAAUAAAAUGAUCUGUUACAAGGGG